AUGCCUACAUCUAUGUCCCCUCCCGCAUCGACGCCGGAUCGCGCGAGAAUCCAGAAGAAGGGCACAAGAUCCAUAGCGACAAGCUUCAUCAAAGAUGAGCCACUGACGCUCCUCGCGGAGACUGACCGCCAAUGGCCGACACCAGCGCGUGCUCGAUUCUUGGUUAAGGUUGCUCUGAACACAAUCUGCCGCUAUUACCAUAUCGUGCGCAAGACUGUGGUCCUCGAAAGCCUAGAGGAGGCCAUCAAACUCGAAGGGAAAUGCGAAAGGCUAAAGAUUGCCAAGCUCCUGGCUCUUUUCGCUUUGGGGGAGGCCUAUUCAGCCCGGAGCGCAGAUCAAGGGUCGACAUUUCCUGGUCUGAUCUAUUUUGUACAGGCCAGGAGGAUGGUCAGCAUUCCGGCUGAACGCCCUCAAGUCGAUUCGGUCGAGAUCGCACUUCUCCUUGCUAACUUGCUCCUCCAGACUCUAUAUUCGUUCAUCCUCAACCGGCGCCAUUCAGCUUACGUACUCGCUAGCUCUGCUGUACGGAACUGCCUAGUCAUGGGUAUGCAAUUGAAUGUCCCGGAGCAGCAGUACCACAAUCGUCGAGCGCGGGAGCACCGCAUAAGAUUGUGGUGGUCGGCAUACGUGCUAGACCGAUCGUGCGCAUCUAAGCUGGGCCUACCGGUGUCCAUCGCUGAUGACGACAUCUUCGUCGAUGCUCCCAGUAGUGACGGUAUCGACGGUACGGACGAGGACUUUGACGACGUCGACUACUCACUUCGUAGUAUCGAGAUAUCUCGGAUUGCGGCAAAAUGCACAAGAGAAAUCUAUGGUAGAAAGAAGUUCCAUAGCCCGUUCUCGCAGCGAGUACAGUCGGUUCUCAAAGAGUUUACAAAAUGGAUGGACACAUUACCACCGAAGUUUCAUCUGAAAAACGACGGUUCUUCUUCACUACAGCGACAUCACAUCGUGUACCUGCACCUCAGGCUAAAUCAAGGUGUUAUCCUUGCGACCCGUCCAAUCCUGCUACAUGCACUUCGGAUCCACCAGCAAUCGCGCAGUGACCCUCCCCCUAACCCUAUGCCAACUUUAUCUGACAGCGCUCGCACGUUAGCGGAGACGUGUAUCCAGUGUGCUCGCCACUCGUAUCGAAUUAUCACAGAUGCUUGGAUCCAUGGCACAUUUGCUACGUUCGACUACUUCAACACGCAAUAUCUAUUUUCUGCGGCUACCAUUCUAGCAGUGAAUAGUCUAUUGCACACGCCUCAAAGCAAAAGCGACGGCGACAGUUUUGACAACGCUGUUGAGCUGUUAAGACAACUAGCACAAAGCGGUAGUUUUGGUGCGAAAGAAUUUUGCCAACACAUUGAUGCAAUGCAACAAAGCAUGGCUGCAGCCCGCAACGGAGCUCUGCCGCAGUCCACUUUGGGGACGCCCGUAGAACUACAACAGCCGUCCAUGAGCGCAUUCGCCGGCACGGGUAUGACCGCGGGCAUGGCGCUUGCCGAUCCCUCAUUCCAAGGUUUUCUUGCAGAGACAAAUUUGGACAUGCAGGCUCUGGACAAUCCGUCCUUUUAUGGACUUCAAACGCCCUAUUGGCCUGAUAUUUGGGGUGAGGAUUGGGUUGCACCCACGCAGGUCUAA